GAACAAGAUGUAGAAAAGAUAUCGUUGGACCUAAGGGUAUUCCAAUAUUUGGAAAUUUUUUCUCAAUUAUAAAAAGAAAUAGUUAUAUUCAUUAUGAACAUGAAUUGGCAAUUAAAUAUGGUUCAUUCUUUACAUUUACAUUUCCAAGCUAUGGCCGAGUUAUUGUCAUAAAUGAUCCACAGUCAAUAGAACAUGUGCUUAAAACAAAUUUUGAGGAUUAUGGAAAAAGUGAUUUUUUCCAUGAACUUGGCUAUGAAAUGUUUGGUGAUGGAAUAUUUGCAGUUAAUGG